UAACCCAUUUUCUAAUUAUAAUUCACUGGUUUCAUUUGUUGUAAAAAAUUAUCACAUCGCUAAUAUAAAGAUCUUAUCAACUGUUUAUAAGCGUAUGUAUACCUUGAGUAAAGCCGACAUUAUCUUACUUGAUAGUUGAAUUUGAGCAAAAGAGUCCAUUAAUGUUGCUAGCAUGAUUUGCUUUUUCAAGUUUUUCAACUUCAAUCAUAGGAGUAGGAGGAGGACACUGACUACCCACCCACCCAGCCCUGGUCCAUAAAAGCUAGCCAGACCAGAGAGGAUUACUAUUUUAUGAUGCAUAAUUAAAGUAGAUAAAGAAGUGAAUAUACAGAGAAAGAAAUAUUGUCAUGGACCUGAUGGUGAAUGAGUAUGACGCCCAAUUACUGCAUUAUUGGGAUGGAUGGUCCAAAUUAAUAGAUAAAUUAUGCAUGAGGAGUCUAAUUAGUAGAAUUGUUGGGACACCAUUGAAUUAACGAAUUAAGAAUCCAAUAAACUUAAUUAGAUCACCUCACUAGUCAAGUAGCCAUAUAAUAGGAUACAAACUCUUUUCAUUCACUGCUUAUUCAUCAAAGAUAGCGUUUUAUUUCCAGUAAUAUAUCGUAAGAGUUCCACCACAUCCCUAAAUCAAGGGAAUCUUGCAUGGGUCACAAACUGGCUCACCACAAAAAUCCAAACUUGAUUUAGUCCUUUGUAGGUAUCUUGAAAAAUAAUAGGACUUUUCUUUAAGUCAUUUUCAAAUUUCAAGACCCUUUUCAGGAAUCUACAUAGAUAAUGUUGUUUUGUUCUGGGUAUAUACAAUAAGGUAAAAGAACAUUUUUCAGCAUAGUUGAAGAGUGUAGCAUACUAGCAUAGCUAUGGCAGUAGAGAACUCACUUGAGGUAGCAAAUGGAAAUUUUGAUGACGACGGUCAUCCUUCAAGAACUGGAAAUUUAUGGAGUUGUGUGGCUCAUAUAAUCACUGCUGUUAUUGGCUCGGGAGUUCUGUCAUUGGCAUGGAGUACUGCACAGCUAGGGUGGAUAGCAGGUCCUGUUUCCAUGCUUUGUUUUGCCAUCGUCACAUAUGUUUCUGCAGCCCUUCUUGCUGAUUGUUACAGGUCUUCGGACCCUGUAACUGGAACCAGAAAUUACUCUUACAUGGAUGCUGUUAGAACAAACCUAGGCAGAACCCAAAGUUGGUUAUGUGGAUUGAUUCAAUAUGUGAACUUUUAUGGGACUGGUAUUGCUUAUGUUAUCACUACUUCAACCUGUAUGAGAGCGAUCCAGAAAUCGAACUGUUACCAUAGAGAAGGGCAUGAGGCUAACUGUGAAUAUGGGUACCAUUUGUAUAUGCUGCUAUUUGGUGCCGUUCAGAUUAUAAUGUCACAGAUACCAGACUUCCAUAACAUGACUUGGCUCUCAGUUAUUGCUGCUAUCAUGUCUUUUUCCUACUCUUCUAUAGGAUUUGGUCUUGGUGUUGCCCAAGUUAUAGAAAAUGGGAGGAUCCAGGGGAGCAUAUCUGGAGUCGCUGAGGCUAAUAUUGCUGACAAGUUAUGGCUAGCCUUCCAGGCACUAGGAGAUGUUGCUUUUGCUUAUCCCUACUCACUCAUUCUUCUUGAAAUCCAGGAUACUCUUAAGUCACCUCCUUCAGAGAACAAGACCAUGAAGAAGGCCUCAAAGAUUGCAAUUUUUAUCACAACCUUCUUCUACUUGUGUUGUGGAUGCUUCGGAUAUGCAGCUUUUGGCAGCGAUACGCCUGGAAAUCUCUUGACAGGGUUCGGUUUCUAUGAGCCUUACUGGCUCAUUGACUUUGCUAAUGCUUGCAUUGUUCUUCAUUUGAUAGGAGGGUAUCAGAUGUAUAGUCAGCCGGUGUUUGCAUUCUUGGAAAGAUGGUUUAUGGCGAAAUAUCCAAGCAGUGGAUUUGUGAAUAACUUCUACAGCUUCAAACUCCCAAUGUUGCCACCAUUUAGAAUGAAUCUUUUCAGGCUAUGCUAUCGGACUGCAUAUGUGGCUUCGACAACUGCAGUCGCGAUGAUCUUCCCGUACUUCAACCAAGUAUUGGGAGUUUUAGGGGCCCUGAACUUCUGGCCUCUGGCCAUUUAUUUUCCUGUUGAAAUGUACUUUGUGCAGAAAAAGAUUGCACCUUGGACAAGAAAAUGGGUAGUUUUUAGGAUAUUUAGUUUUGUAUGCUUGAUUGUGUCAUUAGUUAGCUUAGUUGGGUCAAUUGAAGGAAUCAUCAGUGCCAAAUUUGGCUAA